AUGCGCUUUCUUCCCGUCAACUUGACGACAAUCCUCGUGGAGCUCCCCGGUCUCCAGGAGACUCGGGCGCUUCAUACUUCCCUGCAAUCCUGCCCAGUAGAUGGCAUCGAGGAGAUGAUUCCUGCUGCCCGCACCCUGCUCGUGCACUUCGAUCCCGAAAGCGUAAGCGCGGAGGCCUUGGCCACCGAACUUCGCCAGCGAGACCUGUCCCUCAUCAGCGCCGGAUCGGACUGUCAGAUAGAAAUCCCCGUCUGUUAUGACGGCGUGGAUCUGGACAACAUUGCGCAACUGACAGGCUUCAGCGUGGAAGAGGUUAUUCGUCGCCACAAGGAGAGCGAGUUCACGGUGGCAUUUUGCGGUUUUGCGCCCGGCUUCAGCUAUCUGAAUGGCGGCGAUCCCGCGCUGUUCGUGCCGCGCCAUCAGACUCCACGGACCCGCAUCCCAGCUGGCUCGGUAGCCAUGGCGGGGCCCUUUAGCGGCAUCUAUCCACAGAGCAGUCCCGGUGGAUGGCAGCUCAUUGGCAGGACGUCGGCCAAAAUGUGGGACACAAAUCGGACCCCAAGCGCGCUUCUCCAACCGGGUUAUCGGGUCAAAUUUGUGCAGGUGGAUGAUCUUGAAACCGCUGGAGUGAACACUACUCCUGCAAUUGAACACGAUGAUCCUCCUGCUUCUGCUUCUGGAUCAAUCAAUCGUCCAGAGGAAACGCCAGUACUGAGGCAGACGGCCGGCCACGCCCGCCCACAUUUCAAAGUUUUGACGGCGCCAAUCCCGGCUCUUUUUCAAGAUCUCGGCCGUCCUGGUCAAGCGAAUCAAGGUGUUUCUGCCUCCGGUGUCCUCGAUCGAUCGGCGUUUCGGGCUGCGAACCGCAUAGUGGGGAAUCCAGCUGGGACUGGAUGCCUUGAACUUACGUUAGGUGGCUUUUCAUUUCAGAGCUGCAGUCAGGCGGUCAUCGGCUGCACUGGUGCACCCUGUCCCAUCACGAUUGAGGAUGUAAAAGGCCGGACGACAAAGAUAACAGAAACGCAUCGGCCUAUGUCACUGGAACCGGGGGAUGUCGUAACAUUCGGGCAUCCACGCACAGGAAUGCGAACCUACCUGGCCGUCCGCGGUGGCUUUGAGAUCAGUCCGGUAUUGGGUAGUGUCAGCACGGACACAUUGGCUGCUGUGGGGCCCAUUCCGGUCACCGCUGGAUCUGUACUGACCUUGAGGAACACGCGGGAGGGUCUCUCUAGUGUUUCAAUCCACGAAGCCCCAGCUUUGACUUUACCUACUGCAGAUGACGUGGUGACUCUCGAUGUCGUGCUUGGCCCUCGCACAGACUGGUUUACCCAGCAAGGCCUCAACGCAUUCACGCAGCAGCGCUGGAAAGUGACGGCAGAGUCAAGCCGCACAGGGAUUCGCUUGUCGGGAAAUGUUUCCAUCGAGCGCAAAGAUGACAAGGCGGAACUACCGAGCGAGGGUACGGUCACUGGAGCUAUUCAGGUGGCCCACAAUGGACAACCGGUACUAUUUCUUGCCGAUCAUCCACUAACCGGUGGAUACCCGGUCAUUGGGGCUGUUGCCGAACACCAUUUGGACCUCACUGGCCAGCUCCCUGUGAAUACAAUGGUACAGUUUCGAGCUAUUGGCCCCUGGUCGGAGAUUCAGCCGCACAGCGAUAUGGCCCACACUGCAUAA